CAAACCAAAACAAAUGUCAGUUGAGCUCUGUUUUGGAAGUGCCAACAACACCAAGAAAAACAGUUUAACAGCGGCUGUGGGUUGCACAAAAGCCAGUUAAACACGACGCGCUAAUGUGUGUGCGCAUGCAUGCAUUAGCUUAGCCGUGACUGGUUUCGUUUUCUUGUUAGGAUGUGCGCGCUGAGUCGGAGACGCGCAGUCUCUUACUUUGCUGAUUUUUGUCGGUGUUUUUGCUCUAAAGGCCUCGCACGUCUGUUUCCCGAACAGUCAGUGACUUUGUUUAUCUUGUCAGCAUACUCGCUGCUUAUCACGCGGAGGAACAUGUUAGCUUCGCUGGCUACUAGCUAAUGGUUGUUUAUAAACAAGGAGUGUUUGUACCAGGCAGACUGGAACGAUGGAAGCUGUAAGGCCAAAGAAGUCGAAGGCAAUAAGCAGUGGAAAAUCUCAGCUUGCCAGGAAACACAAACAGGUGGAGGAAAGCCAAAGAGCAACAGCUCCCUCCGCUGUCUGUGAUGAGGCUGACCCCUCUGGCUUCACUGACAUCCCCCUCAGCCUGCCCUGUCAGGAGCCAGAAGAGGCGCAGCGUGACCUCACUCAAGCCACCGAGACCACAGCGCAGCUACCAAAGCUCCCUUCUGAGCAGCAGCACACCUCUUCAUCAGAGACUUUAGUCACAUCAGUGUCAACCAAGACAGUGCAGUCAGCAGAGACGUCACAUGUUACCUUAAGUGUGAAGGAGCCAAAAGUGGAAAGAAAAGAAGGACAGGAUGUAGAAGUUCACAGAUCGGAGCUCAGAGUUGCACAACAGACCACUGUGCCAGGAAAAGAAAAACAAUUAUGUAAUCAAUCUUGUGUUUCAAACCAGUUUCAGAACCCAAGUGCUCCUGCACUAUAUCCCUCUCUUCCCACACUGGAAGAGGGUCCUGUAUUACAGCUCCAUCGACAAGCUGUGAAGAGUUGUGGAAAAGAACCUGCAGUGCUGACACUUGCUGAACAGGAAUCUUCCCCUCCGAGUUUACAGCCUCUGCAGUCAGUAGCUGAACUUUCCAGGAGUAAACUCUACCCAGAAUUACCCAAGCCUGCUGUUGAGGUUCAGGCGUUCUCACCAGAACAACUGCGUGUCUGGGAGCCAGGUGGGGGUCUGCAAACAUGGCUAGAGGGUGUAGAAAUUUACACCACUCAGUUCUGUGCUCUGGCCAGACAGGACAAUCACGAGCUGACUGAACUGUUGCAGAACUACUGGCGCUGCCGCAGACAGCUGACCCAGUCUCACACGCAGCUACAUACACAGUCCUCUGACUGCAAGAGUACAGAGAACCGUCUCUGGACCUUCAGAGAUGAGCAACUUACGCUUCAGGGUGUGUGUGCAGAUCAGUCCAAGGUGUGCGGGUACCACCGCUACCAGCAGGCAGAGUUUAGUGAGAGUGUGAUGGCAGAACUAAAGAGGUUAUUUGAAACGCGUACUGAAUUGCUCCAUCAAAAAGUGGUGCUGCAUGCCUACACGGCUGUGCUAUCUCGCCUCCAAGUGGAAUCCUACUUGUAUCAUCUAUUAAAAGAUUGUUCGGGGAGUGAAAUACAGCCUUGUUCUCUCCAGCCCCUGAAAGAGGCUGUUAGUGUCCUUUUUAGCUUCGUACGUAGAGUCCUGGAUGACUCCCAGUUCCAGACAGACAUCCAUCACUGGCUGGAGAGAUUGGUGGCAGUCUUACUGCAUGUUGGAGGGUCCAGCGAACACCUCUUCUUACUGUGCCAUCUGCUGUGUUGUCCUGCUGGGGUGGGCAAAUGGGCUGCUCCAUUCCUACAGAUAAAAGUUUGGGGUAAAGCUUGCGGAGUGCAGCAUUUCAUGCAAGGCUUGGCUAUCCUAAUGUUGCCUACCAGACACCGUGCAGAGUUUCUGAGCCAUAUGAAGCCAUGUGACAGCCAGAGCACCACAGCAUCGGGACCUCACUCUGGAAAUUGGACACUAGUAGAUGAAGGAGGGGAGGAGGAUGAGGACCCUGAGAGCAGUUGGAUGCUGCUGUGUGAAGAGGACCUGAUAUCCCUCCUAACCCAGUUCCCGUUCCAGGAGCUCUAUUCCCACAUGCUGGGGAUAAGCAAACCGGGUGUCUAUGAACCUCAGACCUACUCUAGUCAAAAGAUGAUGCGCGUCUUUGCAUUUGCCUCCUCAUUCAUUGAAGUCCUAGCUGUUGGUCUGCAAACUUACAACAGAUCACGAUACAGACAGCUGGUGAAAAGAAUAGGACGCAUCAUCCGAAUGACGGUUUGUUACGUCAGUGAUCACUGGGCCCAGUAUGCGAGUGUAACUGGUUCUGAUGGACCAAACUCUCAUGCACACUCCCUGUCUUUGGCCAAACUGCAGCUGGAAUAUGACCACUUGUUCCUCAGAGCUGUUUUACAUGUUCUUAGAAAUAAGAGGUUGGGCAUUUGGUUGUUCAUGUCCGAGUUGCCAUAUGGGACUCUGUCCAGCUCCAUGCUGUGGAGGGUCCUUUAUGUUAUGCAGAGUGCAGAGACAGAAGAACUGGAAACACUCAGCACUGCAGAUAAUACACAUUCCUGGGCUCAGGCUCUCAGAAACUCGGAGCACCAGGAGAGGUUUGAGGAGUGGCUGUGUGAGGUGAACAGUUCUGAUGGCAUCUCCCUCCUCACUGCACUCGCACACAUGGCCACACCUACUCAACACUCUGACCCCGCCUUCAUCACAACCAUAGCUCUCCUUAUUUACCAGGUAUCUUAUGUCUGCUUGUCCACGAGAGAAACGUACUCUAAAGUGGGGCGGGAGUUGUUGGCUGCCGUUGCAACAGCCCAUCCACACAUCAUGUCUGUGCUGCUGGAGAAGCUGAGAGAGACCAUACAGACUGUUGGGAUGAUGGCCCUGUACUUGUGUAAAGAGCUGCCUCUAAGCUUGUGGCGGCCACUGCCCGAGGAAAUAUCUGUGAUUGGAAGCUGGUUGUUACAGCAUCCUUUGUCUGCCGUGGAGAACCGGCUGGCCUGUGUUAUACUGGAGGGUCUGAACUGGGGUUACACAGAGGAUGGCUCGUUGGCGUUGUCUUCAUCUCUCCACAGUGAGGUGUCGCUGUUUGUGGCUGAAGCUUAUCAGAAGUAUCUCACUGACAAACCAUACACUGGCCUCAUAUCAGAGGGGAUUAAACAUGUGUCUUACCUUGCCAGUGUCCUUCGUUUGGGUGUUUCUCCUGAAGCGUCCUUCAGUCAGUGGGCGUGGCAACUGCUGCUGAGGCUGAAGCUCCAUGGCAAUACCCAAAAUCCUAAAGGAGCCUGGACGGGUCCUGCAUUUGCAUCCAACCCACCUCCAGAGCUGAGACACUCUCCCAGCAUGCAUUCUGUUCUGAGGGCUGUAAAAGCUGGUGUUCCAAUUGGAUGCUACCUGUCUAUCGUCAUGACAACAGUGGGACAUAGUCUGGAACAGUUUUGUACUGAUGGAGUUGGAUUGCUGAAAAGUCUGAUUCAGUCUCGCCAUCUGAGAGCGGCUGUGCACUUGCUGGAUAUCAUCAUACCACCAACAUACCAUCUCAGCUUCUACCUGCUCAACAACUCUCAGUUUGUGAGUUGUAUCCAGUUGUUCCUGCAGUACGACAGUGUGUGUCCGCAAGGUGUGACACAGCACGUCACUCACCGGGUGGCACCGCUCCUCACAGGAGCCAUCUACGGUGACAAUGUCCGACUCCUCAACAGUGUCAUUCAGAAUCAUGUAGUGGAGAGUUCCCAGCCUGGGCGUGUUGGCGUUGCAGCAGUUUUGGAGUUUUGGGUCGGGAUUCUGACUCAGCAAAACCUUUGGUAUCGGGACAAAACUGUGCUCUUCCUCAUGGAUCAGAUUUGCUGUGCUGCAUUCACACACCACCAGGAGGAAUGUGUGCAGAAAAUGCUCUACCAACAGCAUAAGAAUGCUUUGGGUUACCAUGGAGAUCGAGGUCUGCUCUCAUCCCUGGUUGGCUGGAUUGCUGGAAAUGCCACACCUUCCUUCAUUGAGGGCCAAUCCCUGAGUACAGAGGUGUGGUUUGCUUGGCUGGUUCUGAAUAUGGAGAGAUUGUCUGAGGAAGAUUCUCAGCUGAGACGAUGUGUUGAAAAUGAACUCCUGUCAGAACCCAGUAUCACUCCUGAACAGGCCUUAAAGAAAGCACAACAGAGGCUGAAGUUACCCGUGGCCCCCUCUCUGCAGCGACUGCAAGUCUACCGCUGGGCCUCUCAGGCUUUGGCUACACCCCCUGACCACCCGCUCCUUCCUCUGAUCUGGCAGAAAUUCCUGCAGCUCUACCUAAGACAGCCUGGGCCCGAGUAUGGGUUGGCUGCAGGUGGAUGUAUUGGUCAUAGAUUCUUCCAGACUUCAUCUCAGGUGCCUUUGCUCAGAGACCUGCGACAGAGAAUACAGGAGGUGUCUGACUUCCACCAUGCUGCUAGCCAGGUUCUCAGGGUGCCGCCGCCAAACACACCCUUAUCAGACAGCCAGGACAACCAAAGCCCAGACAAAUCCAGACCCUUUUACCUCACAUCUCCUCUGCUUCACACAGAAUUAGUCAGGUUGUUCGGUGUCUUUGCUGUGUGGCUGGAUGAUGAGACUUUGCAGAAGCAGGAAGUGUAUCUUCCCUCACUUCCACCGGAGUAUGAACCUCACAGACUAGCACAGGUCAUGCAACGGCAGCAGGAGCUGUGGCUGGAGUUGGUGGACCAGGAGCGUGUACAGUAUGAUGGGAAGGAGGUGUUGUCUCUGUGGGAAAAGGUGCAGAGUGAGCCAGCCUUCAUCCAAACCAAAAACUCAGGCUUCACUGACUACAGCAGCAUCGACAAGGCAAAGGAACGUAUCCUUUCCAACCUGCAGAUGCAUCCAGUUCCUCACCCAGCUCCAGAGUUGCAGCAAAAUAAGGCUCCAGUGGCUGCAGUCUCGACUGCCUGCCUCAGUAACUUCACGGCUGCAUCUGAACUGCUGCAGAAGGACCUCAGUGCUCUCCAAGAUGAGGCCAGGAUUGCAGUGGCACGUGAAGCCCAGCAGGUGGCUAUGGAGCAAGAGCUUCUGGAGAACCUUCCUCUACUGUAUAAGAACCAACCAGAGCAAAUCACUAUGACCCUGGAGUGUAAAGGAAAGGGAGGGCAGGUGUGCCAGGGGCCCGCAAACAUCACUGUCACUUGUGAGUGUGCACACAAACAGGAGGCAGUGCAGACUCAGAUAAGAUCACUGCGCAGUGACAUCAAGAAGCUCCAGACCGACACCAUGGCUACACCUCCACAAAGCCUCGCCCAGGCCGCUGUGCACACUGAAGACUUUAUCACGGCUCUGGUGAACACGUACAAAGCCCAAAAAUCGCCGGCUGUGCAGCAUGUUGGUGUGUCGGCCUUCUAUAAGGUGGUGUCCUUUGUGGGCGAAGACACUCUGAGACAUCCUCCAACACGCCAGUAUCUGUCCUCGUGUGUGGAGAUGCUAGGACAGGUAUUUAUUCAGAACAAUCCAGAAGAGUGUGUUCGUGUCCUGAAGACCAUCCUGGAGCAAAGGCUUCUGUGCCCUCUCAUUUCCUCUUUCUUCACUCCCAACGCAGCACCCAGUCAGCUCGUAUUCCUUUACCAAGACGUGGUGUCAUCCUUACACACAGACAGCGCUGAUGUAGUUUUCAUGCUUCUCACUAAGUUUGAUUUGUCACAGUGGCUGAGUGCAGCCCAUCCUGUCUUUUCUGUGAGAACCCAGUUGCUGGAGUUGGUACAUGGUGCUCUCUGCGUCUGUGGCCACGACCCUGAACCUGAACUCCUCACACCAUUUCACCUUUUCACCAAACACUGGACCUUGCUUUUAUGCCACCAUUUUCCUGACCAUUACAGCGACUGUUUGCGUCUUCUCAUGACCAGCUCUUCAAACCAGUUACUGAGUCCAGAAUGUUGGAACGUGACUCUGCGAGUGCUGGGCUGUUUGCCUCUGUCUCGGAGCAGUAAGAAUAAAGGUGAGCAGCCACUCAGCACUCUGGAGACCUCUAGUUGUGCUGCGGGACCCCAGGCCUCCUCUCACAGAUUCUUCGUCAGCCUCUCUCCUCAGCAGGUGAAUGAAACCACUGACUGGCUGAGCGAUUACUUCCUACGAAGUCGUCUCAGUAAGCAAGAUCUCCGCAGCUUUGGCCUCUAUUCUGCCUGGACGCCAUACAUCAGUCAGGUUGUUUGCUUCUGGGACCAUCUGGUUGGCUGUCUUAUCAACACACAGCUCAGCAGCUGUGCCAGGGAGUCAGUUGGCAGCACCAAAGUAUUGAAAGCACUACAGGACCUACACAGAAAGACUGUGAAGUUAUUUAUGCCUUGGAUCCUUCCACUGAACACUGAAGGUACUGGUAACCUCAAGUGUUACCCCUGGCUGGAGACUGAUGCGAGUGCAGCAGGAUGUCUGGUCAGCCUGUACGUUCAACUCACUGACACUCUGCACCACAAAUUCAAAGAUCGCCUGCUCCCUGGCCAAAGAGGUGCCCUGUGGCUAUGUAUGAUGCAGUACUGCGAGAGCUGCACGUCGCCACGUACGCCAGAGUACCUGCUCUACCUGUACCACACACACCUGCGCAGUCUUCCAUGGAGACACCUACACCCUGACACCCACCUAAUGGAACAGUUCUUCAAUGUGGAGAGAGGAAGUCCAAAGAGCUGUUUCAUGUUUCUGGGGGAUGUGUUAUGUGAUGUUAACUGGCUCAGUGUUCUAAGUGACCAUGUACAAACAUCAAGCACCUCCUCCGUGUACCCCCCUCUUCUGGACACUCAGAAAGACUCACACACCAUGUUAGUUUGUCUGCUCUACAUGCUGGCCUUUCUGACCAAAGAGGAACAGCUCCUUAGUCAACAGGACUCCCCCCUACUCAGUCUGCUAGUCCAGUCAACCUCCCUACCCUGGCACCAGCUGGACCUGUCCUCAUACCAGGGCAUUCUGGGAUAUGUCAGCACCCACUACCCUCAUUCCUUUCUGCUUAGUACAGAUUCUCCGCUUCAGCUGCUGCUGAAAUCAUUACGUAGUAGCGCUGGGCUCCAUCCUCGCCCUCAUGGGGUUCCACACAAGGAGGAGACGCUGAAAGCUGGAGCGUAUAUGAGCUGGUGCGUGCAGUGCUUGGUGACUUUGGAACAAGGAGGCAACAUCAAUCUCAACAGCCUGGAGGCGCAACUGGAGUCCCUGCUGGAGAGCGUCAUCACGUUCAACCCGCCGGAGACGGGUUUGGAGCAGAGGCAUAUGGCGUUCUGCAGCCUGUUCAGUGCUGCCUUGGUGUUACUAAAUGGAGUGGGCGUGUCCACAGGAGAAGCCCUUGCAGCUCAUGUCAUUUCCUGGCUGGACAGGAAGGGGAGGGGUUUUCCUGUUCUGCCUCUUCUCACAGCUUGCUCCCGGAGUCUCGCUUCAGUUCGACACAUGACCCGCAUCAUGGAGGCCUGCAUCACUGCUUACUUUAACCACGCGGAGGAGGAGUCUGUUGGUUGGGGUCCUGUGUUGGCAUCACUGCAGGUGCCUGAGCUCACAGCAGACGACUUCCUCUCUGAGAGCCAAUCAGCUGGCAGCUUCCUUACACUGUACGCCUUCAUCCUGCAGCGUCUCAACACUGAGCACACAGCAGCCAAUGAGAGGAGAAUGUUGGCUCUGAUUAACACAUGGACCAAUCAGGUCUUCCCCAGUCGUCCAUGUGAUGAAGCCAAACUCUUUCUGUGGUGGCACAAGGCUGUGAAUUUGUCAGUGGAACAGCUGCAGCCGCAGGCCGGCCAUAUUGAAGUGUCGGGGGUCGUCAUGGGUCUGCUGCGACUGCAAACCCGGCUGCUUCAGCUGGGAGAGGAGAGACUCAACUCUGGGCUGUUGGGGGCAAUCGGUUUAGGAAAGAGAUCUCCUGUUUCUAACAAGUUCAGGGUGGUUGUUCGCAGUCUGGCAGCUUUCCUGUCAGUCCAGGUGCUGUCAGAGACUCAACUACGGCUGCAGCCCAGCGGAGACUUACAGCUGUCUACUAAAGCACAGCAGGCAUUGGCGAUGUUGGAGGCUUUGCCCAGCAAUAAGUACUAUGCCGAAUUUGAAGAUUCAGUGAAAAAAGCUGCUCAGUUCAUCCGCUACCCAGGACACUGUCUGAGAGACGGACCCCGACUGCUGGCCUUGCUGGCCAACCUCCUGUACCCUGAGCUCAAAUACCUACACAUUAUCCAUUAACACGGACACGCUCACUGUAGACUGUCAGACGUAUGUUGAGUCUUUGGGAGGACGUACCAUAAACCUCAGCUGUGCCGGAGCACAAAGUUUCUGACUGUUGUCGGUACAAACAUGAUUCUACUCUUGCAUCAGCAGACGUCGCUGUACACGUUUCCUCUGAGGGGAUUUUACAGUGAGGUCAGCUGAUGGGUCAUCAAGAUCGAUGUUCAGUUGUGAAGACAUUUAAUGCUGUCGUUAAACAACGGAUGAAAACCAAUCGCAAGGAUUUUUUAAAAUCUACUAACAUCUAUGUAACCUCUUCCAGCCUGAUGCUGUUGUCUGUCACAUUUAAGGCCUUAUUUGUUUUUCUGUUGAUUUUCCACAGAAUCAUUGAUAUUCUUUUUUUUUUUUUUUUUUAUGAUAUUGCACAUAUUUAUUGAUAAAAGAAUUGACAUGGUGAAUCACAGUUCAGUACUACUCUUUAGGACCGAGGUACUGAAAAAUAAUUUGGGGGACAGAUCUAAUGGUGGAGCUGUGUCUUCUUACAAUGGAUGGAAGACGUACCAAGAAACGGGUAGAUGACGUGGUUUGUUUCUCAGUACAGUUCCUAAGCUAAAUUGAGCUGCACUGUUGGCUUACACAUUUACAUGAACACAUAUGCUGCUGGUAGAAAAUGAUUACUUACGUAGUGUUUGAGAGUAUUAUGUUUAUGUCCAGCCAACAGUGCUUUCAUUGUUCCUACUAAACUUGAUUUUGUCUGCUCUGCUACUUCACCUUCUUUUCAUGCAGUCUCGUGUUGUGCAACAAUAUACUAUCGAGUGUCAGGAGUGGAGAGGCCUUCGUUCCAAACAGUCGCAUCAGCAGUUCCCUACGUUGGGUGAAGGAAACAAAAUCAUUAUUGAAUUCACCUGUUGAGCUGAUUGGUCCGAACAAAGACCGGCACCAUAUUGGAAUGUCAUGGCACAAUGAUUGCCUGCCACUGUUGCAGGUUUUUUUUUUUUCUCCAUCUAUCCGAGUACAAAUACUUGCAUAAUAUUCCACAAUAUGUGGUUUCCUUCUAAACUAGUACAUGUACCAUAAUGCAAGAUACUGAUGCUGUGGUGUUAACAAAACAGCAGAGGUGUCCUAUUGUUGGAGGUAACAACAGAUUUUAACUAAGUCUUGGCAGAGGUGCUCAGCCAAGUUCCAUU